UUAUGUAUGGCUUUGGUUUCACUAGGGAGAAAAGGAAUUUGAAUUACUUAUCAAGAAAACAGUGAAGUAUCAGAAUGUGGAUUUGUUCAAGUCCCAGCCUGUAUUCAGUUUAAAACGGCCCAAGGUCUUCAGGGUGGGGCAGAGCUUUUAGAAUCAGGUUCUGAUUCCUGUGAGAAAAAAAGCAGCAGCUGCAGCAUUAAAAUAUAUGCUUUCUGUGUUCUUUUAAACAGAUCUUCUGAAGGAUGAAGAUAUCAAAGCUCCUCCUUGCUACUUUACUGAUGCUGGUACAAGCAGGAAAAAAUGAUAAGCAAUGCAGUCUGAAACUCCAGAAAAGUUUCCUGUUGGAGAGUCUAAUGGACUGUGCUGGUACCCAUGUUGGUGAACCAUCGACCAUCAAUUUGUCUUCACUAGAUUGGAAGAGACAGUACAUUGGCAAAAGUUGCAAAGAGAUCAAGGAAAAGUACAUAAUUACACAAGAUGGCCUGUACUACCUUAUUACAGAAGAUGGUGAGGUCUACCAGACAUACUGUGAUAUGACUACCGAUGGUGGAGGCUGGACUCUCGUGGCCAGUGUUCAUGAAAAUAACAUCUAUGGGAAAUGCACAAAUGGUGAUCGCUGGACAAGCACUCAAGGAAACAAUCAAAAUUAUCCAGCAGGAGAUGGAAACUGGGUCAAUCUGGCCACCUUUGGUACAGCAAGUGGAGCAACGAGUGAUGACUAUAAGAACCCUGGAUACUAUGACAUUGAAGCUGCGGACAUUUCUGUCUGGCAUGUCCCAAACGACACACCUUUCAAGAAGUGGAAAAAUGAUGCCAUUCUCCAGUAUCACACUGAAAGCAAUUUUUUCCCCAAAUAUGGAGGCAAUCUUUACGGGCUCUUCAAUAAAAUGCCUCUUGUCUGGAAUACUGGAACCUGCCAAACUGACAACGGUCCAGCCAUACCUAUCAUCUAUGAUUUUGGAGAUGCAGAAAAAACUGCUAACUUAUAUUCACCAAAUGGUCGGAAAGAGUUUGUUCCUGGUUUUAUUCAUUUCCGUGUUUUCAACCAUGAGAAGGCUGCUAUGGCAUUGUGCUCUGGGGUCAAAGCGACAGGGUGCAACCCAGAAGUGCACUGUGUUGGAGGAAGUGGUUUCUUCCCUGAGGGGAAUCCAAGACAAUGUGGAGACUUCCAUGCCUUUGAGUGGGAUGGUUAUGGAACAGGAGCUGGCUGGAGUGUAACUAAGCAGAUGCUGGAAUCUUCUAUUAUGCUGUUUUACCGCUAGAGGUGCUCACCUCACACCACUGUAAACAUUAGUUUGCAUUGCGUCUCCUGUCUUAUAUCAUUUCAUACAUGUGUUUAUUCAUUUUGAAUCAGUAUUAUUUGCAAUGUAUUUCUAAAUUAAGGCAUUAGAUUGCAGGUAGUAGUUUGCAUCUAAAUAGACCUUAACAUUUGUCAGUUCAUUUUUCUUUAUUAUUAUAUGCAUAAAAGCACCAUAAAUAUGUAUGUCUCAAGAUGUUUAUGCCUGCUCAUAGUUGUCCUUUAUGCUGCUGAGUUUGUAUUAACAGUCUUUUGUCCUUAUGAACAGUAUCUUAACAAGAACAUUAUGGUCUUAAUUACAAAAUAGUUGUUCUCAAUGUAAGUGAUUUACUUCAGUAUAAGGCCCGUCUAUAAAGCAGAUUUACCAGAUUCCAAAAGACUUGCUGUCAGUGUAAGUGACUUACUCUGCUCUAUUCACUUCAACAACAUGUUUACUUCUUACCCAUUGGGAGAUUUAAAUAUUUUAUUAACAGAGAAUAAAUAGAGACUAGUGAAUAGCAGCUGUUUAGUUACCAUAUUGCACUUGUUAACCUUAGAUGUGACUCACUAUAGCCAUAGCAGUAAAUGCUCAGAGCAGCAGGAUUAAAUGUAAAAAGAGGCUUCAGUGUAUCAGGUAUUAUGGCUGGUGUCCAUAUUAAUAAGUCUCACAUAUGUAGGAUACAAACUGUUCCUUAUCUGUUAGUCCUACAGUGGAAGCUGCGGUACCUCCUUCCAGAUGCAAGUUGUGAGAACCAAUUGUGGGCCAGAUGGGUCGAAUCAUCAAGUAUUUUAUAUGUUCUCUUUCUUGGCCCUGUAAAGAAAAGCUCCUGAAUAGAAGAGAGGUUUCUAGUUAUCUAAAUUGUAAAUUAUAAAUAAUAGAGGUUUCUAGUUAUGAAAAUUACGUGUGGUAUGAUCAUUCCUUACAUGCAAUUGCAUCAAGCACCUGUAUACACAGGGUCUAAAAAAAUUAUUCUGUAUGAUAGGUGUGGUUACCAUGAUCACUCGUGUUUUUUGUAUCCAAUAGUAAAAACAACCACAAUACGGUGAUACAUUUCCACACUUAUAAGGGAGAGUCAGAAUUUAGCAAUCUAGUAAUGCUCACUUCAUUCAAUGAUGUGUGCUAACAAGCAAUGGAAACUUUAAACUAAUAGGAAGAUAUAACAUGCACAAUUUACUAAUCUCUGGCAGAGCUGAAAGCAGAUGUCCACUUCAGUAAUAAGAAUUUUGCACUGAAUUUUUGAGGAACAUGGCUUCUGUUGGUAUGAUGACAAAGUAUUUGGGCAGGGAUCUUAGCUCCUGCUAGCACUCAUCACUUAUACUUUUAGUAACAAAAAAUACAGGCAAAUUAGUGACUGAUUUCUUUUUCAUCCUGACAGCUGUGAUUUUAACCAGUGAUAUAAUCAACCACUGUAUUAAUUGUCCAUGUUGCUUGUGUUAAAAGUUUAAUAAAAAUCAAAACCCGCUCUUUAAACUGCAGCUAUGGAAUGAAGUUUCCAGCAGCUUAAUUAGAUGUCAGAUGUGCAACAAUGAAACAAAAACAAUGAGCAUAAGGCAUUUACAAUUUAUUCCUUGAAGAGUGUAUUAAGGCAUGAAACCAAUGACCUACUUGAUCUCAAUACAGUUAGCCAUAUAAUUUAACUAAGUAUGAAUUAAUGCAGAACAGCUUGACUUUUGUUGUAUAGCAGCCUACCUAGGAUUGCAGUAAGAUAAAAGACCAAAAAUAGCCACACAAUCUGAAAACAGAAAAGUCACUUAAAAUGUUUGUAAAAUAGAAUCAUUAUACUUUAUACUUAUACAUUGUACCCCAUUUGUUCAUAUACAUUCAUGUCAAGAGUUUUAGUAAUAAUUCUAAAACAGAAGUUAAAGUACGCACAUCAUAGUCAGUAUUGCACACAAGCAAAUAUAACACUGAAACUCUACACAAGUCUCCUAUUGACAAAAUGACUAUGCACAAUAAUGUGAACGUUUAACUUAUCAAACUGGUGUGGCCAUCAAUGUCCUAUAAAGGCUGGCAGAUGUUUUAAUUGGCACUUUCAAAGACUGUAUCACUUUAAAAACAAAAGUUAUCUGUAUAAAGAUGGAUUGUAGGCAAUGCAGUCCAGAAUUAAAAAGGAAGUAAUAGUAAAUAAAGAUGUUGCAGAAAGAAAAUGCAACCUUCUGUAAAAGCAAAACAGCAUUUAAUCAAGAGAAUACGAUUGUUUUACAGUGCAUUAUGUUGGAGUAAACAUCCAUGUGUAUUAUAUGUUUUUGUACGCCCACAUAUGUAUAAAGGUGUAUAGAUCUCCAACUAAACAUCAUCUUUGUAACAAUAGCCACACCUGACUCAGUGGAAACAGUAAUUGCCAAUUAAGGGAUGCAUCCGGAGGAGUCUGACAAUGCAAGUGGUGGUGAUCAGGAUAAGUGAUCAAUUCCUUAAGUUGUCUGUGAAUGUUUUUCAUCCUAUCAUCUUCUGAAUGCUUUCUUCCUAUUCCUUAUGCCAUAUGUUUUCAGCAUAAUAGCACAAUUCAUUCCAAUGAAACUAAAAAUGAAUGCACAUAGCAAGCAAUUUUCUUGUUUGAAUUAAAUACAUCAAAACAACUUUCUUGAGUUGCUUCUGCUUCCCUUCCACAUGGCUUGUAUAACAGCUGAUUAAAAGUAACUAAAGAUUAGCAGAAUAAAAUUGUAUGUUUCUAGAGAAACUCUAUACUCAACCUGCUGUUAUUUAGGAGUUGCUGUCUGUAAAUGAUGGAAGGACAGGAUAGCUGCCUUUUAUAAGCACAGAUGAAAGAAACCAAACUAUCACCGGCAGAUGUUAAAAUUUACUAUAGAAAUAGUGGAAAUGCAACUGACAAUAGAAUUUAACUGACUAUAUAAUAAAUCAUUUAAAAUGCUUA